AUGAUCUCGGGGAGGUCAGUGUGGAUUGGAUCACAUGGAUCUUCGUGUUCCAGUCCUUUUCCCUCUUCAACUGGAAUGACGACAGAUUCUUCUGCUAUCUGGGCUUUCAGGCAUUCCCACUGGCAGAUCAUCUUGAUGCAGUGCGCGACAUCAACACGGACAAAACAGGGAGGCAGUUUUGCACACUGGUUCCCUUGUAGGACACCGAAGCACUCAUUGAUACAACAUCUGGACCACAGGGAUACUGGAGCUGUUCGGUCCCGUCAGAACUCCCUGAUAUAG